CAGGCUAACAUACCCAAACUGCUCGAUCAUUACCAGAACCCGAGAAAUGUCGGUUCCCUCGAUCGUAAGUCAGUUGAUGUUGGAUCUGGUCUAGUUGGAGCUCCUGCUUGCGGGGAUGUUAUCCGCUUGGACAUUCAGGUCGAUGAGAAGACUGGAACAAUCACCAAAUCGGCUUUCAAGACAUUUGGAUGCGGCAGCGCCAUUGCCUCGAGCUCAUAUCUCACUACGCUGCUAGCAGGAAAGACAUUGGAAGAGGCCGGCAAGAUUCAAAAUACACAAAUUGCAAAUGAACUUUGCCUACCACCUGUCAAACUUCACUGCUCCUUGCUCGCCGAAGACGCCAUUAAAGCUGCUAUCAAGAACUACCAAUCCAAGCGACCUGGCGUCGCGGCCACAAAUCUGGCCGAUACGACAAAGGCUUUCAAGGAAACUGCCGCUCAAGCUUAA